AUGCCCACCUUCUGGUGGAUUUACAUAAUCUACUCGAUUGGUGUGCUUCUCUGUACCUACACCUAUCAAUUCACCUUCUUCCCAUACUACUGGCAGAAUGGAACUGGUCUCAGCCCACAACUCUUGAAGGCUAUUGGCUUAGAGCAGUUUGAAAGUGCAGAACUCUUCGAUCGUUUGAUGAUGCCGGUGGCAUUUAUGGUGGUGAUCAUUCUCCAGAUGCACUACUUUCACGAACCAUUCCUCAAACUUUCCUCAUUGGAUCGAUAUCAAGAUCAAAAUGAGCAAACCAAUCAAUUUGCCCGUCACAGAGAGUCAUCUGUCUCUCGACCAAAUGAUGGUGACUCCUUUGAGACCCAGUCCAAUUUCAUUGAGGACUUCCAUUCGGUAUUUAAUAUUGUCGCUACCUCAAUCCAUCGGUUUAUGGCCACUUCACGAAAUGUGGCUUGGAGGUUUGCAGAGGUGCACUGGAUCAAAGUUGUCUGUCUUCUGGUCAUGUUUUCAGUUAUUAAAGAGGUGACAAUCACGAACAUCAUUCCAGUGAUCAUCGUUGUGGUCUGCUUUCCAUUUCCCUUCCUCCACGGUUUUCUGGUCACCUUCAUAUUCUGCUUCACUGGCCUUCAAAUCGUCAUGAAGAUGCUCUUCCAGUUGGACAUUGUUUCCGAUGUCGAUUAUGCCCAUGUUAUUGCUUCCGGUCUGCCGAAUAAUCCAAUGCAACCCAAGUCUAGCAUAACUUCACUACUUCCAAAUGGAACAGGGAAAUGGAUUGGUCUGGAUGUGGUCGAGGAUUUCCCCAAAUAUAUCACGACCAAUCGAGCGUUUAUUGUGGACUAUUGCAACUUAUUUCUCCGAUAUGCUGUUGUACGAGGAUGGGGUGGGGUGGGGUGGGGGGUGGAGAGGGAUGGUUCAGACAUCUUCUCGUCUACUUCCGGGGUCAGAGAAGUUAACAUGAUGCUCACAUCUCGGUAUCCUUGUCCAUUGGUUCUUCUUCGGUCACAGUCAUUGGUUCCACCUGUUCUGUAG